CAUACGCAUGCGCAGACGAUUGUUGGCACAGAUCGUCAACGGUGUGACUUUUAAGAGUUAUGCCACGCAAUUUUACAGCUUAGUAGCAGAUUUCUGUCGAAGGAGUGUUAAUAUAUAGUAUCCUAUAGGGUUUAACUACUCACGCAUGGCUCUUAGAAGGUGUUGGAGGUUUGCAGGUGUUGCCCCGCGGCUUUUAUGGAACAGUCGCGUCCUGCCCGGGGCUCCCGUCCCGUUAUGGCGAAGCACUAUGUCCAGCUUUGUCAACACUCACCCCGGUUGUAAAAAAACAGAGCUGCAGUCCCGCAGGUUCAGUUCAGAGCCUGCGAGCACAGAUGUGAGUUACGAGCAGCUGAAGCAGCUCCUGGCAGGACGGAAGGCUGUAGUUAUAGAUGUGAGAGAGCCCUGGGAGCGCAGGGAGUAUGGAUUCAUUCCCGGCUCAAUUAACGUCCCCUUGGGACAAGUGAACACUGCCCUCCAGCUGAGUCCGGAUGAGUUCAAAGAAAAGUACGGCGGUGAAAUGCCGCAUCAGACUGAUAACAUUGUGUUCUCUUGUUUGGCCGGGGUCAGGAGCAAGAAUGCGCUCGACACAGCAACAUCGCUGGGAUACAAAGAUGCUCAACAUUACCCCGGUGGAUGGCAAGACUGGGUGAAAAAUGAGCAACAUAACUAAUAAUUUACUAAGUAAAUAUUUAAAGCUGUUUUUUUUUUCUCUUUCUUUUAAAUCACACCAGAUCUGACCAAUUAGAAGACAUGCAGUCUUGUAAUGGGUAGAUUUAAUUUAAUUUUUUUUUAAAGUGAUUUCAUAAAUCAUGAUCGAAGUUUUAAACCGUCUAUGAAUCCCAAAGAGUGACAAUAAAGGGCUUGACAAAAAAACAAAAAACAAAAAAAAAAACGCCUGCUGCUUUAUAUUUAAAAGCUACUGCAGUGUUACUUGAAGUUAAACACAUUUUAGCAUAGGACUAUUUAUAAGCCCCUUGCAACCUGUUAAAAUACUCAAAUAUAGAAAAUUCUAACCUCCUGUACAGAACAUCCUUUUCAGAUUAUGCAAAGGACUAUAUGUUUAAUUUUAGUCUUACAUUGCAUAAUAUUCUUUGAAGUUGGGUUUUAUGAGGUGCUUAUCUAUUGUCAGCUUGUAACAUAAAUUGGAUGGUGGUCGGCACGGCCAGAUAUAGGAUGAGCAGACACAAGUACCGACUCAGAAACCAAACAAUGAACUCCUGUUUAAUUUGUUGCUAAAGAUAUAAUUUUACCCUGCAGAGCACAUUAGUGUGUGGUUUGCUCCUGCCGUGAUCGAUUAGUUUGUAUUAUUCCUGUGGGAUUUUGGUGUUAACAUGGACUCUGGACUCUGGUGGCUUUGCUUGCUGGCUGAAAAAGCUGUCAAAAUAAAAUCAUGGUAAUAUUCCAAAUAUAGAAUAUAUUACACUUAAACUGGUGUGGAUUCAGUGUUAUGGGGGGUGGGGGCUAAUAAAAUCAUGCUGACCACCACAAACUGUAGCUAAUACACCAGCUGCAAAUGUACCUCAUAUGACCACUUCAGAGGACAUUUCAAGUUGAAGCAUUGUAAAUAUGAAAAAGCUUAUUAGUAUGUUGUUGUUGCCAAAAUAAUUUUGUGAAUAAAAUUAUAGUUUUAAUCAACAAUAAAA